AUGCACCAUCAAAAGAAAUCAAUCAACAAAGUGUUGGAAGAAGCCAGUAUCAAGCAGGGAUCUGCAGAAAUGAUCAAGUCUUAUCAGAAGGCCAUUGACACCAUCAUGAAGUCCCUUACUGCCAAGGAGAUACAGGAGGCCAAGGCAUUGGCCAAAGAAUGGAAUGAGCGACAGCCACCUCAGGAUGUUCAGUCAGAAACCACAGAGAAGAAAGGCUGUAAAUAUGCUGAGGAAUUUGCUAAGGAAAUGUGGAAGUGGUGUGGUGCCAGGGUGGUAGUGAUGGCAGCAUGGGAAGAUGCUGAUGGAGAGAUGAUAGUUGGAGCAUGA